AUGCUCUUCGCAGUCACUCUCACUCUUGCCGCUGCGGCAGCUGUUUCAGCAUCCCCCCUUGAGGCUAGGGCUAAAAAGACUGCCGUUCUCCCCUUGACGCACGUCGUCCAUGCCAGCUCUAUCAAGGCCAUCGUCCAAAAGGGUCAGGCCCGUAUUCGCAAAAUCAAUGAUGAGUCCACUGUCCAACUCGAUGCCGUUAGCUCUGGCUCUGUCACCAACGAGGAUGUUUCGUACGUCGCGCCUGUCGUGAUUGGAGGCAAGACCUGGAACCUCAUUGUCGAUACUGGAUCUUCAAACACUUGGUGUGGUGCUCAGACCUCGUGCGAGCCAACAUCUACCGGCAAGUCUACAGGCAACUCUGUCAGCGUCUCCUACGGCUCUGGGUCAUUCUCUGGCACCGAGUACAAGGACAAAGUCAGCUUUGGCGGUCUUAGUGUCGCAGCGCAGUCGAUUGGUGCUGCGAGCAGUGCUAGCGGCUUCUCAGGUGUAGAUGGCAUCAUCGGCUUCGGUCCUGUUGAUCUGACUGAGGACACUGUCUCCAACACCAACACCGUUCCAACCUUCAUGGACAACCUCUACAGCCAAGGAUCCAUCUCGUCUGAGGUGCUUGGCGUCUCCUUCAAGCCAGAGUCUGGCAGCGAUGAUAGUGACACCAAUGGAGAGUUGACCCUUGGUGGUGUCGACAGCUCCAAGUACACCGGGUCCCUCACCUACUUCCCAACUCUUACCAGUGGCCAAGCUUCUCAAUACUGGGGCAUCUCUGUUUCUGGCUUUACCUACGGAUCCACAAGUCUUGGUUCCGGCACCGGCAUUGUCGACACUGGCACUACGCUCAUCUACGUCCCUACUAGUGUCUACAACAAGUUCCUGUCUGCCGCUGGGGGUUCCACUGAUAGCUCAACUGGCCUUGCUGCAUUUACCAAGAAGCCUACCUCCAACUUCGGUAUCAAGUUUGGGUCUACAACCUACACCCUCACACCCGCUCAGUACCUGGUCCCUACUGCUCAGUAUAGCAACUUCGGUCUGAGCUCUGGCAAGUACUACUCCUGGAUCGGCGAUGGAGGUUCCUCUGGUGUCAACAUUAUUAUUGGACAGAAGUUCCUUGAGAACUAUUACUCUGUAUACGAUACCACUAACUCUCGUAUUGGUUUUGCUACAGCUGCUUAA